UUUCAAAACAAAAUAAGUGACAGUUUCUAGCCAGAGUUACCACGGCAACCCUCAGCCUCUCUGCAGAUGGCAGCCAGCUCAGAGGAGCAGGACUCCCCGGGUUCCCGCCCUGCCCCCACCCUCCCUGCUUUCCUCGGGCACACAUCCCGUGGGCCCUGCAGCCCGCUGCUGGCUGGAGGUGUGAUCCUGGGCGUGGCCCUGUGGCUCCGCCAUGACCCGCAGACCACAAGCCUCCUCUACCUGGAGCUCGGAGACAAACCGGCACCCAACACCUUCUAUGUAGGCAUCUACAUCCUUAUUGCCGUGGGUGCUGUGAUGAUGUUCGUCGGGUUCCUGGGCUGCUACGGGGCCAUCCAGGAGUCCCAGUGCCUGCUGGGGACGGUAGGUCGACCGCCCGCUGGCCGCCCCCCACAGGCAGACUGCCACCAGAAGAUCGAUGAGCUCUUCUCCGGGAAGCUGUAUCUCAUCGGCAUCGCAGCCAUCGUGGUCGCCGUGAUCAUGAUCUUUGAGAUGAUCCUAAGCAUGGUUCUCUGCUGUGGCAUCCGGAACAGCUCUGUGUACUGAGGCUCCGCCGCCCUGCCCGGCGGGACCCCGGCGGUGCCCCCCGAGCCACCUGGACACUUUGAGGAGGGGUGUAUAACCGCCUGUAUAUAUAACUUUUCUGGUAUUACUCCGCUACACUUAUUAGCCUUUUUCCUUUUGAUGUUUUGUUUUUGUCCUCAAGUUCCCUGUUACCUUUUGGGGCUGACGUGGCGUGUGAGUGGGCCUUGGGGACUGCCGGACAGGGGCCCCCUCUGCUUCUGGGACCGCUUGGGGGUCCUGCCUGCUCACCCAGGCCUCUCCAGGGGGCUGAGGGGGCCCGCCCGCGCCAGCUGUGCCCUCCCCACCCCCACCCGUCCCCAUGGGUUGCACGGCUCACGCCUUUUUUAAUCCACAUCCUUCUGCCACCUGUCUCCAGAGCUGGGCCUACGAGUAGCCUUCAACGCACCUGUCCUUUCUAACACGUCACCUACAAUUGUAAUUACAUCCUGAAACUCAUUCAAUAAAGAAGGAAAAACCAGGCAUGCUAACAAA